AUGGCGAGCAGUUCGUGGGAGGAGUUCUUCGCUGUCCACCUGCCUCCACCGGACUUUGAGGACAACAGGUCACUGCUGAAGGAGUUCUGCGAACGACAUGACCAGUACGGCAACAAGAUUGUACUUGUUACGUCGGGAGGCACGACAGUCCCGCUGGAGCAUAACACGGUUCGCUUCGUGGACAACUUCAGCGCUGGUACUCGAGGCGCCUCCUCCACGGAGUACUUCCUGGAGCAAGGGUACGCGGUCAUCUUCAUGCACCGCCAGAAGUCGCUGGAACCCUUCACCCGACACUUCACUGGCCAGAAGCUACUUGAUAUGCUUGAAAUCCAAGAUCGAGGACCCAAUACUACUAUUUCGGUGAAACCGGACAGCGUAGACGUCCUAGCUCCGAUCCUCCUCCGCUACAAAGCUGCACACGCGGCGGGCGCCAUCUUGCACGUGUCAUUCACCUCGGUGUCUGAGUACUUCUGGUUACUGCGCGCCGCCUGCGAGUGCCUCGCCAACCUGGGCGCCAGGGCCGUACUGUACCUGGCUGCGGCCGUCUCUGACUUCUAUAUACCUAAGGAUAGAGUACCCACCCACAAGAUGCAAUCAGCGUGUGGAGCUCCCAUCAUCCAGUUGCACUUAGUCCCGAAGAUGUUGGCCCCGCUGGUCAACUUGUGGGUCCCGGAAGCCUACGUCGUGUCCUUCAAGCUGGAGACUGAUGAGAACCUGCUUAUUCCUAAAGCAAGGGCUGCCUUGGAGAAGUAUAAGCAUAAGAUGGUGGUAGCCAACCUCCUGCAGACCCGUCAUCACCGGGUCAUCCUGGUGUCUCCCGACAUCUCGCAGGAGAUCGUGCUCACCAGGGAGGAAGUCCAUGCUGGCGUGGACAUCGAGUCGUCGAUAGUGUGCGAGAUAGUCCGCCUGCACGGGCUGCACAUGCGAGUGGCGGGCGAGCCGGUGUCGCCGCCACGCUCGCCGCGCUGA